AUGUCAUCAUAUACGAAUUUAGCAGACGAUACGGAGAAUAAUAUCACCAUCGAAGAACUCAACAGACAACAAGUUUUGAUAAGACUUCCGUUUACUAUUUUUCUUGCAUUAACAAUGACCAUUGGUUUCGUUGGAAACAUUUUAACUAUUUACGUUUAUGGAUUUCGUUUGAAAUUUUCACCAACUUAUUUCUUUGUCGUGAUGCUGGCUUUCGUUGAUUUGAUCAUAUGUGCCUGUGUUAUACCAGCUCGUAUUGUCCAAAACAUUUACCCUUUGAUGACAACCUGGGAUAUAUUGUGCAAGUACCAUUUGUGUUUAGCAAUAUUCACAGGAUUUUGUACCUGUGGUUUUCUACUGGCCAUUGCAACGGAUAGAUACAGAAAAGUAUGCCAACCACUGAAGACUCAAAUAAAUGUGAAAGCUGCGAAAAUCAUCUCAGUCUGUAUUUUUAUUUUCUGUGCAACACAGGGAAGUAUUGCUCCUCUUUAUUAUGGAAGUAUUAAGAAACCAACUAAUUAUCCUGGUAUCUACAGCUAUUCCUGCUCAGCAAAUAACUACAAGAAGCCUAACUAUUAUCAACUUGGAUUCUUUGCCUUCUACAGUCUCUUAGCAAUGGUUACGUUUGUUAUUCUCUUUAUUCUGUACAUCAUAAUUCUUCGACAUAUGAAGGAUUGGGAGAAAACAAAAUGUGUCGAACAACAACAAAAUAGCAAUGGUAUUACAAACAUCCGCUGUCCCGAUAAUAUUCAAGAAAAGUGGCUUAAUGUACCAGAAAUUAUUGAUUCUAAUCAAUUACCUUCGAAUCUUUCUACAGAAGACGUGGAAUUGUCUAAUACCAAAAUGUCAUCAAAAGUUUCCUCAGAUGAAAUAUCAAAGGUAUAUACGAAAAGUAUUGCGCCUCUUAGGGCUAAACUACGGAAAACGAACAAAGAAAGACGAGCAACCGAACACGCCGACAGGAUAAAGCGUACCACUAUAACGAUGAUGAUGAUUACUGUAAUCUUUAUAGUGACUUAUUUGCCUGGCAUUGGUGCCAUGAUAUUAAGUGCAGUUUUGAAGUCAUUAAACACGAUGUCGAUACCAUCGUCAUUCUUCUAUUGGUUAGCACGACAUAGUUUUUACAUCGGUUCUUGCACAAAUCCCAUUAUCUACAGCUGGAGGAACCAGAAUUUUAUGAACGAAAUUAUAAAAAUGUUCAGUCUAAAACAUAAAUAA